GAGUUGCGUUGGUGACAGGAGAGCCAUUGGAAGAGGCGGCGGCGGUUUAACGUGAAACAGCGAGGAAUUGGGAAGAACAGCGGCUCCUCCACACGGUGCGUGUGUCAGCAAAUGGCUGACGUGGACGCGGCUCCUCAAUGACAGGCAGUGCUGCUGUGAGCCUCGGAGGAAGAGAAGGAGGAAUAGGAGUGGUCGAACCUUUCUAGGAUGUUGGAGUCAUAUGUGACUCCGAUCUUGAUGAGCUAUGUAGAUCGUUACAUCAAGAAUCUGAAGCCAUCAGACCUACAGCUGUCACUAUGGGGAGGUGACGUGGUUCUGAGUAAACUUGAACUGAAACUCGAUGUUUUAGAGCAGGAGCUGAAGUUGCCUUUUACUUUCUUGAGUGGACAUAUUCACGAGCUGAGGAUCCAUGUACCAUGGACAAAGCUGGGGUCCGAGGCAGUUGUUAUCACCAUAAACACUAUGGAAUGUAUCUUGAAGCUAAAGGAUGGUGUACAGGAUGAUCAUGAGAGUUGUGGCUCCAGCUCAACCAACCGCAGCACCACAGAGAGCAUAAAAUCAUUAGCUAAAGCUCGUCGGAUCCAGCAAGUGGCCCCAACUGACCCUGACUUACCCCCAGGUUAUGUGCAGAGCCUGAUUAGACGUGUUGUGAACAAUGUAAACAUCGUAGUGAAUAACCUCAUCUUGAAGUAUGUGGAGGAUGACAUUGUCCUGUCGGUCAACAUUACAUCAGCAGAAUGUUACACAGUGGAUGAGUUCUGGGAUCGAGCAUUCAUGGACAUCUCAGCUCCUGAAUUGGUAUUGAGAAAGGUGAUCAAGUUCUCCGAUUGCACCGUUUGCUUGGACAAGCGAAGUGCAAGUGGAAAGAUCGAGUUCUACCAGGACCCUCUGCUCUACAAAUGCUCCUUUUGCACCCGAAUGCACUUUACGUAUGACAACCUAAACUCCAAAAUCCCAGCAGUUAUCAAAAUCCAAGCUUUUGUUGAAAGCCUGAAGCUCUCAGUCACCGAUCAACAACUUCCUAUGCUUAUCCGUAUAAUUCAGCUUGGGAUUGCCCUCUACUACGGUGAAAUAUGUUCCUACAAAGAAGAAGUAGAAGAAACAAGUUUGAAUAACAAGGAAAUGCCCAUUACCCUCACUGGUGGUGAAUCUGAAGUUGGGACACAAGGACCACAUCCAAUCCCAUACCAGACUGUGGAGGGCCUGCAGUAUCAGCAGCAGUUUGAUGAUGAUGAUCAGGGCUGGGUGUCUUGGGCGUGGUCACUUGUUCCUGCUCUGGUGAGCUAUUCUGAAGAGGGAGAUGAGAAUUUUGAAGUCGAUGAAAAUGGGGCUGAAAUAAAUCGUCAAAUAUCCCAACCACCCAAGGAUCCCAUCGUAGCUGUGGGAUUUUACUGCACUAAAGCCACCGUCACUUUUAAGUUGACAGAAAUGCAAACUGAAAGCAGCUAUUACAGCCCUCAGAAAGUGAAAUCAAAAGAAGUGCUUUGCUGGGAGCAAGAAGGGACUACUGUUGAGGUUCUGAUUAUGGGAGAGCCUUUCUUCAAUUGUCAGAUGGGAUUUGUGAGCUGCAGAGCAUUGUGCCUUAAAGGAAUAAUGGGUUUAAAAGACUUUGAAGAAAAUAUGAACAGAAGUGAAAUUGAAGCGUGUUUCUUCAGCUGUGGUGAAAGUCUGAACAGUAAAGGAUUAACAUACCUUACCAAUUCUCUGUUUGAUUACCGAAGCCCAGAAAAUAAUGGAGUUCGGGCAGAGUUUAUUUUGGAUGCUGCUCAACACAAGGAGACGUACACAGAGAUAGCUGGUGUACAGCGCUUUGGGGCCUUCUACAUGGAUUACCUGUAUACAAUGGAGUGCAGUAAUGGCAAGGAUUCAGGAGGUCAACAGCAGGAUGCUCCCACAAACAAAAAUGAAAAUACGAGCGGCAUGCAGGAGAUAUCCACCAAACGCCUGGUGGUGGGUCCAAUGGCACUUCACCUGGACAGCAGCUCGGUUCAUAGAAUGUUGAAGAUGGUGGCAUGUGGUUUGGACCAUGAAUAUGAACCAUACAGCAAGCCCAAUCCAGAAAUUGUGGAUGAGAACAGAACACUGCCAAGCCCAGAGGAGAUAGCUGCUUUAGAAGAGUACAUCCCAACAAGAUUAACAUGUGUUACUAUUUUAAAAAGUACUAUUACUGUCACUCUGGCUGAGUUCAAUCUGUUGGACAGCUUACUUCCUAUAAUUUUAGGCCGCAAGGCUUCAACAUCUAGCAUAAACACAACACGUUUCCAGCUAUUGCGACCCCUUCCCGCUCUGAGGAUUGAGGUGGACAAGGUCAGUCUAGAGCAUUCGGUGCCAAUGUAUGCUGGACAACUUGUGCCUGCUGUCAGCAGCGUUAGCCAGCCCUCCGACAACCUUCUACACCACUGCUACGCACACUGUUAUGUUAAGAUAUUUGGUUUCCAGGCAGGCGUGACCUCUUUAGAUAACGGGGGAUCAUUCUGCCCCCUUUCUCCAGUCAUCCCGCCUUUCAGCACAGCUUUCUACGGCAAAUUACUCCGACUUCCGACGUACUGGCUGAAGCGAUCAUUUGUCCCUACAACCGAGUGUAUAUUUGAAUUGCCCACUCUGACACUACAAGCCACAAGAGCACAGACACUGCUCCUGCAAGCCAUUCUACAGAGCUGGACACACAAUAUGGGAGCAGGAGCAUCAAUCCCAGUGGAUGAAGCCUUACUCAAUGAAAUCUUCAAACCUUCAGGUGUGAAAUCCCAGAAUCCACUGCCAACUCUUGAGGGUUCCAUCCAAAACGUUGAGUUGAAGUACUGUAGCACAUCAUUGGUAAAAUGUGUUUCGGGGACCAUGGGAUCAAUAAAAGUGUGUGCCAAAGUCCCAGGAAGACAUGGUGGUGCAAAGGAGAAACUGAUUCCUCUAAUACAAGGGCCUUCAGACACACGAGAAUUGCAUAAGAGCAAAUGGCUGAAUGAAAGUAGAAAACCCGAGUCUCUAUUAGCGCCUGACCUCAUCGCUUUCACGGCCCAGAUUCCUCAGCAAAUGGAUAGCUGCUACAACUCUGGUGCUGUGCUUUUGGCUAGUGUGCAGGGAAUUGCAAUCAAUGUGGACCCCAUCUUCUACAUGUGGCUUCUUCACCAGCCUCAGAAAGGGAAUGCAAAACAUGGGCAACAGCAGCCUGCAGGAGCUGUUCAGUUAGUGAUGCCAGCAGCGAGGAAGAGGGAUGAUGAGAUAUCUGUUGGAAGCACGCCUUUGGCAAUGCAACAGUCGAAUCAGGCCUCGGAAUAUGCCAGCAGCCCUGUCAAAACAAAAACCAUCACAGAAUCUCGCCCGCUCACCGUACCGAUCAAAGUAAUGCAGAGUUUCUCUGAAGAAUGGAGCAGCCCAGAGGAGAGAAUGAAACAGCUCAUUGGAUGUGCAUGGGAUGCUGUCAAAUGCCUUACAUUGCAGCUGGAGAUCCAAUCGUGUUGCGUGUUUUUUCCGAAUGACAGCCUGCCCUCGCCCAGUACCAUUGUGGCUGGUGACAUUCCUGGGACAGUGAGAAGCUGGUACCACACGGAGGCAAACAUGCCUGGGACAUUGGUCAUCUGCCUACCCCAGAUAAAGGUGAUCAGCGCAGGCCACAAGUCCCUGGAACCACUUCAAGAGAUUCCCUUUGUUGUUUCAAGGCCCAUUCUCGAAGAAGGUGAUGCCUUCCCCUGGACGAUUGGUCUGAGCCAGUUCAGCGUCUACACUUUGCUUGGAUGGCAGAAGGCACGUAACCUCAUAGAACCCAUGGGCUGCACUUCAACUCUGGCUAUCACAUCACAGAAACUUCAAGCCUGCGGCCCGGAAAGCAGACAUUCAUUUGUUGUCUGUCUCCACGUGGACCUGGAGUCUCUGGAGAUAAAAUGCUCCAAUCCCCAGGUUCAGCUGUUGUAUGAGCUGGCACACAGCAUGAACAAUGCCUGGGAUAAAAUACAGAAGAAAGGCAUAUUGCGUCAGGCAUCCGUGUAUCCUGAGCCAGUGGUGGGACCCUUGCCGGGGUCACCGGUGAGGAGCAGUGUCAGCACAGCACCCCCGGAUGCCAGCACCUGUAGCCCUUCGGCAGAUAUUGGCACCACCACAGAGGGUGAUUCAGUACAACCGGGGGAUGAAUGUCUAUUUUCUGACUCUUCCACCUUGGAGCAGAAGACCAGCAACAUCGGGGGCAGCAGUGGGUGCAUCAGUCUAUGGAUGCAAUGGAUGUUACCCAAAAUAACAGUCAAACUGUUCGCACAUGAAGCCAUCAAGAAGGGCGCAGAUAUCUGCAUCCUUGGUGAAUUGGAAGAUCUGAGUGCCUCAGUGGAUAUCCAAGAUGUUUACACAAAACUCAAGUGCAAAGUUGGGAGUUUCAAUAUCGAUCACUACAAGUACAGGCCAGGUGAAGGCUGGCAGACAGGACAGUUUGAUGGACUCCUUCUGCAAUGCAAAGAAAAACCUGGGACGGCAGCCAAGCUCCUCGAGGGUUCCCACCAGCAGCACGGGUUCCUCUCUCUCACGUACACCAAAGCGGUCACACGGAACGUCAGGCACAAGCUGACCUCGAGGUCGGAGCGGGUCUCCCGCAGUUUGCACAGGCUGGCGGAGGGGGCGGUGGACAGCUCUCCCCAGCACCUGCACGAGAUCCUGCUCAGCGCGCAGCCGUUCGACGUGGUGCUGUCUUUCCCGUUGCUUUACACAGCGGCCAGUAUAUUCCAGGCAAAGCUGCCCAAGAAGCCAAAGGCAAAGAGGAAGUCAACCGGCCAGCCCAUGAGGGCACAUAGCCUGACGUCACGAGACCUGCCACUGAUCUACCUCAACAGCAGCGUCAUCCGAGUCUUUUUUCCCAGAGGAGAGGAGGACACACGGCAACAGGGAGGAGGGCCACAGACUGAAGAAGAUACUCUCGUACUUAAAAUUGGCUCUGUCUGCAUGGCUCCACAGGCUGACAACCCACUCAGCAGAACAGUCCUGAGGAAGGACAUUUACCAGAGAGCUCUCAAUUUGGGAAUAUUACGUGAUCCAGGAUCAGAAGUCGAAGACAGACAGUACCAGAUAGACCUGCAGUCUAUGAGUAUUGGCACUGCGUUCUGGGAUCAGCUGAAGCCUGAAAAGGAAGUUGGGAAAGGAGGAUUGUCCACAGACAGUGAAAGGAACUAUCAGAAUCCAGCACUUGAAUGGAACAUGGCCAGUAGUAUUAGACGUCACCAAGAGCGAAGGGCAAUUUUAACACCAAUUUUGACCGAUUUCAGUGUACGAAUAACAGCUGCUCCUGCGAUCCUGUUCACCAGGCAGUUAUCACCAGAGAACACGCAAACUGAGGAAAUUGUCGUGUGUGGUCAUUCAUUGGAAGUCAAUGUUACCACAAGCCUGGACUUCUUCCUCAGUGUGGCUCAAGUCCAGCUCUUACAGCAAUUAGUGCAAGCCAAUAUGGUGGACUUGGAGCUGCCAGACAAGACAACCGAGAUCUGUAAACAAGAGCGGAAGAAAAGCACCACUCCAGAAGGCAGUGGUGUGGACUGUUCCUCACGGCACAGUGGUGCCCAGGACAGUGGUAUCGGGAGUGACAGCGCCCGAAUUCAGAUCGUUCAGAUCGAGCAGCAGAGUGGCACAAGCCAUCACCGGCUCGCCAGACCCUCGCGCCAGUCUUCCAUCGUGAAGAACUUAAACUUUAUUCCCUUUGACGUGUUCGUCACUGCCAGCCGUAUCUCAUUCAUGACAUACUCGUGCACGGUUAGCUCCGAAGUCCAAGAGCAAGUGAGGCAGCAGAAGGAGGGCGACAAAAUGGCCAAGAGCGUGGCAAAGCCCCAGGUUGUUGAAGCGGACAUUGCCCCACAGGGAAAAUCUUCCCCGUCGCGGAUCGCAGUGCUGACUGCCGAGGACCUCCUGAACAGUAACAGCUCACUUCCCUCUGAGAAGCUUGCCACUCGCCUGUCAUUUGAGAGCCUUCUUGCACCGAGCAGGUCCUCCGCGCGACAAGCCCUCGGCAUCACCAUAGUCCGACAGCCAGGCCGAAGAGGCGCGAGCGAUCUUCAACUGGAGCCCUUCUUGUACUUGGUGCUGUCCCAACCUUCGCUGCUGUUGAGUUGCCACCAUCGAAAACAGAAGGUGGAACUGUCGCUAUUCGAUGCGACGCUGAAGGCGGUAGCACCAGAUUACAAAUGCAUGGAUGCUGGAAAAACUCUACCAGAAUCUCUGGAUUACAGUGUAUGCUGGCUGCAGACUGUUGCUGGUGAGGUUGACCUCAAAGCUGGCAUUCCUCCACCAUUCAUCUCUCUGCAACUUAAAGACUUUCUCAACGGGCCAGCUGAAAUUCAUUUGGAUUUCUCACGUCCAUGGAAAGCAAACCUCAGCCUUGUCAAACUGGAUCAAGUAACUCAUUUCUUGAAGAGGAUUCUACCCAGAUACGGCUCUGAAAUCCCAGCCAAAGCCGCUGUGCCCCCGGAAACCUUUCCCAGUGAAGAGAAGACGCCUGCGUCAGGAUGCGGUACGAGGGCUGAAUCCGGUUCGCAGGGAUACACCUCGUUCGCGGAGCGGCUGAUGGGCCAUGGAAGCGUUUGGAAAACUUUGUCUUUCUUUCAAAAGUUUUCCGUCCACACAGCUCAGAUCGUCGUCAUCAUGGAGACCGUGCCUCACCCCAACAGCCCUUGCCUUCUGGCGUCUCUCACGAGCCUGAAAGGCAGCCUGUAUACAAAAGCAGGUCCCAAAAGCACAGGAAUGAUCCAAGGUGCCACAUUUGCACUUCAGCUGAAAGAUCUGCUCAUAAAAACAUGCCUCAGAGACAGAAACAGAACCCUAAUUGGACCAUUCUGUUGCACUGUGGAAGUGGAAGCCAAAUGGUGCAGGCACAGCGGCAAUCCCGACCCACAUCACUUCAUUCCGAAAGUGCUGGUUGACUUGAAAGCUGGACUGAUCCAGGUCUUCUGGGGCCAAGAGCAUCUGAACUGCCUGACCCAGGUACAACAACUGCUCCAAGCCUAUCUCCAGCGAGAGGCCAAGACUCGAACACCAGACCACAGACAUCAACCGUCACCUGCUGUGAGUAGAUAUCAGGCUUCCAAGACUGAGCACACUUUGGAUGACUUGAGAACAGGCCAGUUACAGUACAUUCAAGAUGCAGAUGUCGAGAAAUUGCCGAACCCCUACGAAGUGGUAUUUUACAAUGAGACUGAUGAGCGGCCUGGAAUGAUGAUGUGGAGGUAUCCUGAGCCCCGGGCCUUAUCUCUUGUUAGAAUCAACCCGGUUCCUUUCAACACAACGGAAGAUCCAGACAUCAGCACAGCUGAUCUUGGAGACGUCCUUCAGGUGCCGUGCAGUCUUGAGUACUGGGAUGAGCUCCAACAAAUGUUUGUCAAUUACCGCGAGUUCAGCCUUUCUGAAAGCAAAGCGUGUGAACUUCAGCUUCCCAGCAUCACCUUAGCCAAUGACCAGAAAGAACUUAUUGCCUCUGACCUUUGGAGAGUUGUCCUGAAUGGCAAUCAAGAAGUCACAGAAGAACAGAGCUGUGAUGGUGAGUCUGGCUCCCAAAGUAUCUGUGACCAGCUCGUAUCUCCAAUGGCAUUGGCAGCCUGCACCAGGAUUGAUUCAUGUUUUGCCCCUUGGUUUGUGCCUUCUCUGGGUCUGUCAGUGCAGUUUGCCCAGAUCGAACUUCAUCUCUGCCAUCACUUGGACCAACUGGGCACAGUGCAGCCCAGACGUCUCCAGCCAUUCAUCCCUGAUAGAAAGGUGCCUGUGGAGCAGGAAUACAUGGCCGUGUGUCUGAAGAACCCAUGUUUCUAUGUGCGGCAGUGGUCUGAUGGCCCAGUCUGCCAGGAACUCCAGUUCUCUUUGGUUGCUGACUGUAAACUGCUGGAGUACCGCAAUCUAACCAUGCUGAGCAUCGUGAAACCCUUCACCCUCCGCGGGCAAGUGGCCCUGAGCAACAGCUCCAUCGAACGCUUGAUCGACGGAAACCUGUUUGUGGAUCCCGUUUUCAUCAACGUCGGACAGCAUGCGAUUCAUUCGCUGGACACGGCAGUUCACGCUUGGAAGCAGAACCGAAAUCCGGAGGCAGAGGAAUUGGUCUUCAGCCACUUUGUGAUCUGUAAUGACACUCAGGAGACACUGCGGUUUGGCCAGGUGGAUACCGAUGAAAAUAUUUUGUUGGCUACACAGCAUAGCCAUCAGUACAGCUGGCGUUCACACAAGUCCCCACAGCUGCUGCACAUCUGUAUCGAAGGCUGGGGAAACUGGCGCUGGUCCGAGCCAUUCAGCGUGGACAACAUAGGCACAUUUGUCAGAAGUAUCCAGUACAAGGGAAGAACAGCAUCACUGAUCAUCAAAGUGCAGCAAUUUAAUGGCGUGCAAAAACAAAUAAUAAUCAGUGGCAGACAAGUCAUCUGCAGCUAUUUGAAUCAGGACAUCGAUCUGAAGGUUGUGCAGCGCUACAUUGGGCAGGAUGGCCAGGCGCUGAUCAAGGAACAUUUUGGCUGCCUACCAUCGAAACAAAAGAUGCCAUCAUUUGUUCUUGAAAGCAGCGAACUGACCGAGCUGUCCCUUAGGGUCAAAGGCAGCGAUGUUGGCUGGUCAAGCGACGUGUGCUUGGAGCCUCCUCAUUCUGAAGACAGCAGAGUUGUCCAGGUCCCGUGUUUAGAUGGUUCCAUGUUACACGUGUGGUGCACGUUUCUUAGCCUGGACGCAGACUUUCCAGUGGAGCAGAGGGUGCUCGUGUUCAGUCCCCUCUUUGUCAUGAGGAGUCAUCUCCCCGAUCCCAUUAUUCUGCAUGUUGAGAAACGCAGUUUGGGAUUGAAAGACCCUCAGCUCAUUGCUGGACAAGGACAAGAGAAGCCGCUUCUGAAUGUCGAAGCUGAAAUUAUGCACCACUUGACAUUUCAAGCCAGAGAGGAAGAUGAAGCAUCUCAAUGUGCCGUCCCUAUCUCGACGGCUCUUAUUAGACAAAUUGUUGGCCGGUCACAAGGUGAUUGCGCUGUCAACAAGUUGCUUCGCGAGAUCUACAAUCGCGAUGCUGAUGUACCUACACCGUGGCCCUACAUAACAAAGCAAACUGACAGCAAGAGUGGUGGAGAGCAGCUUGCUCAAUGGGACAGUCCCAUGCAAGUCAAGCUGUCAGCCUGGAAACCUUGUCUGAACACACUCCUGGUCGAACUGCUACCUUGGGCUUUGCUCGUCAACAAGUCCAAAUGGGACCUCUGGCUCUUCGAAGGAGAGAAGAUAGUUGUGCAGGUUCCUACUGGGAAAGUUGUGGUACCACCAAACUUUCGGGAACCUUUUCAAAUCGGUAUCUACUGGGCCAACACUAAUACUGUGCACAAAUCAACAGCAAUCCACCUCGUCCACGACAUCACCUCCCCAAAGUGGAAGGACCAUCCCAGCAAUGAGGUUAUCACGCUGGAUGAGGAAGGGAUCGUUGAUGCCGAUGUGAAGCUUGGGACGUUUUCAGGUCGUCAGAAGUUGUGCCAGUUCUGCAUUUCUUCAGUGGUCCGACAUGGCAUUCAGAUCCUUCUGAUUGAGGACAAGACAGUUAUUGUGAACAACACUCAGCAUAAAAUCCACUACAGGCCUGUGCUGGUCUUCCCGGAGAUGGCUAACCGAGAGGAGUACGUCUACACGGCAGACAGUGCAGUGUUCAGCAUCGGACCGGCCAGAGACCGCAUCCCUCCAACCCCAGUUUCCAUUCCUUGCUGGGACUUCAACAUCGAUGUGAACCAGUCGGAUUUAAACCUCCCACAACCCCAAAAGCAUCUGUUUCUCGGUGUUUCUCCCAACGUCAGUGCCAGCAGCUGCCAGUACUGGAGUCUGCCAGCGAUGGUUCGACCGGAUUUCCCGAGGCAGAGCAUUGCAGUGCCCCUUGCAGAUCUCAGUGAAAAUGGAUUUUGUACCAGAGCCAUAGUGAUAACUCACCAAGAACAUCUCGGAGUCACCUACCUGACAGUGAAUGAAGACCCCAGCCCCAGGAUGUUUAUCCACAACAGGUGUUCUGCCACUAUCAUAAUGAAAGAGAAUAUCAGAGAUACUCCAAAAUGUACGGUUCACCGGCAAAUGAUUCCUGGCGAGUCUUCCCUUCACCAUGAGCUGUAUCAUCAAGUCUGGAGUUUCCCUGACUGCAAGGCUAAAGAGACUUUGCCCAGUGUUGUCAUCAGCAUGAUACCCUCACCUGAGCUCGCUGAGGAAUGGAGCGAUGCCGUUGAUCUGAAUAGUCCUGGCACUCAGGUGGUGUUUCUACCAAGUUACGGUUGCGUAUACGUGGAUAUCGUUCAUUACUCAAGCACUAUCACUAUGACCUUGGCUCCGGAAGGAAGAGCUGGGCCUGUACUGACCAGUCUUCAUGGAAUGAUGAAGCAGACCAUUGUGAUGAGGUUGCUGGUCUCUCAGGCGAGCCUCACUGUUAAUGACGACGUGACCAAUCACAGCAAAUCAUCCGAGCUACUACGCCUGACACUGGACAACGUGCUGUUGAACCUCGCGCCGGUGGUGAACCAUUCCCGGCCCCUUCCCGGGAAUUCCGGGGAGCCCAGCGACGGGGUCUCGGAGCUCUACAUGCUAGAGUUCUGCACCGGGGACCUGCAGGUCGACAACCAACUUUAUCACAAAGCCAGCUUCCACUUCCCCGCCCUGCUCUGCCAGGAGCUCAAACCAGACACCCCCCAGUGGAAAGCGGGACCGAAUUCUGCACCGUCAACAAAGGAGCUCGAUGACUACAGGCAGCGCUGUUUCCUGAAAGUCUGCGUCCUCUUAAGAGAGCAGAACUUCGUGUUCACCAUGAGCGAAACAGACUUUGAAUUGAAACCUGCCAGGCUGUACGUAGAAGACACCUUCGUUUACUAUGUCAAGACUCUCUUUAACACAUAUAUCCCCGAGACUGGAUUGGGCAGGAAGCCGGGCAGGACACCUCGCUGCCUGGGGGAGCUUGCUGUACCCGAGCAGGUGCUGAAUGCAACAAAUGCUUUGGUGAAUCCGGUCAAACUGCAGAGGCUCACAAUCCAACCAGUCAGCUUGCUGGUCAGUGUCCACGCCUCAAUAAAGCUGUACAUUGCUUCGGACCACGCUCCCCUUUCCUUCUCUCUUUUUGAGCGGGGAUCCAUCUACACUACACCGAGACAGCUGAUCCACGCACUCGCCAUGCACUAUGCUGCUGGGGCUCUAUUCCGUGCAGGCUGGGUUGUCGGUUCCCUGGAGAUCCUUGGAAGCCCGGCUAAUUUGGUGAGAAGUAUAGGUAACGGAAUAGCCGAUUUCUUCAGGCUUCCCUAUGAGGGGCUGACCCGAGGCCCAGGUGCCUUUGUCAGCGGAGUCUCCAGAGGAACAACUUCGUUCGUCAAACAUAUUUCCAAAGGUACUCUGACGUCAAUUACCAACCUGGCGACAAGUUUGGCUCGCAACAUGGAUCGUCUAUCCCUGGACGAAGAGCACUACAAUCGACAAGAGGAGUGGAGGAGACAGCUUCCAGACAGCCUGGGGGAAGGCCUGAGGCAAGGUCUAUCGCGCCUGGGAAUCAGCUUGCUGGGUGCAAUUGCCGGUAUUAUAGAUCAGCCGAUGCAGAAUUUCCAGAGGACGUCCGAGGGGCAGGUGUCAGCGGGCCGCAAAGCCAAGGACGUCAUCUCUGGGGUGGGGAAGGGCAUUGUGGGCGUUUUCACCAAACCCAUCGGAGGAGCAGCUGAAUUGGUCUCACAAACUGGCUAUGGUAUUUUACACGGAGCUGGACUUUCUCAACUUCCCAAACAGAGGUUUCACCCUGCUGAACAGCUCGCUGACCAGGCACCAAACAGCCACGUCAAAUAUGUCUGGAAAAUGCUGCAAUCGUUGGGCAGGCCUGAAGUCUUUAUGGCCUUGGAUGUAGUUAUCGUGAGCAACUCGGGCCAAGAGCACCAAGGCUGCUUGCUGCUCACCUCUGACGUGCUGUUUGUGGUCAGUGUCAGCGAGGACACGCAGCAGCAAGCGUUCCCCGUCACCGAGAUCGAGUGCGACUUCAUCCCAAAGAAGCAAAACCAGCUCCAAGUCGUCCUCAAACAGCAAAGGGUGUCUUACGAUGCAGAGGGAGACGGGGUGAGAGAAAGACUGUCCGAACAGCAGUACGAGCGGUUGGUGGAUUACGUUACCAGGACGUCACAUUACAUGGUGCCCAGCAGCUCAGCCUUGCAAACGGCAUCUCAAGUGGUGGUGGCGGAUCCCCCCGCCACCAGGACCAAGACAUACCAGUACCUGGUGGAUCAUCACUGUGCGGCUGUGUUUGUGAGCAAGUUUGCCAUGGUGAAGAGCAAGGCUCUGCGGAAGGGAUUUUAUUAGGUCUGACGGGGUGGGGGUGGGGUGGGGGUGGGAAGGUGAGAAAGGUCUUUGUGAUUCCAAAGCAUUGCAAUUUUUCUGGUUAAGUAAUUGGCUUCCCGUGGCUGUUUAACACCGGGCUUCGACUAAAACCUCUGUGCUCAGCGUCAGUCUGUUUACAUGAUUUUACGUACGUUUUGCCUUUCUCAAUAAUGCCUGUGGUUAAAUCAGCUCCGAUAAACCCCAUCCCCCACCCCCCCAACCCCCCCUCUCCCCCAGUACGACACUGAAUAAAAACGAUCGAGUUUAUGUAUUCACAGAGGAGCGAGGACAGCUUUGUGAGACGUCUGCCACCAUUUAACACGUUUUAUUAUUUCCCACAAAGCGUACUUCAGCGAAAGAAUCAUUCAUAUGACUUAAACGCAAAAAUAUUUAAGGUAAAUAAAUUUUUACAAAAA